AUGAACCUUUUCAGAUUGUUAGGGGACAUGACCCACCUCCUCAGCAUUGUGGUCCUGCUCCUUAAGAUCCGCACCAUGAAAUCUUGUGCUGGAAUUUCGCUUAAGACUCAAGAACUGUAUGUCAUAGUCUUUCUUACUCGAUACCUAGACUUGUUCACGAAGUACUACUCUGUCUAUAACACGGCUAUGAAGCUAGUCUUUCUCGGAACUUCGAUUGGUAUUGUCUGGUAUAUGAGGUACCACAAAGUAGUGAAGCAAACAUACAGCAAGGGUGAAGAUACCUUUAGGCAUUACUUUCUUAUACUGCUAUCUGUUCUACUGGCUCUUUUGAUCCACCGUUCUUUUGAUGUAAUUGAGGUUCUGUGGACAUUUUCACUAUACCUUGAAGCAGUAGCAAUCUUACCGCAAUUGGUAUUACUACAAAAGUCAAGGAACAUUGACACCUUAACUGGAGACUAUGUAUUUCUUCUUGGCGCUUAUCGAGCUCUGUAUAUCCUCAAUUGGGUUUACCGUUUCUUCAUGGAGAAUCACAAAUAUCGCUGGAUACCUUGGAUAUCGGGCUUGGUUCAGACGGCUCUUUAUGCUGACUUUUUCUACUACUAUAUCAAGAGCUGGAAGAACCGUGAGAAGCUUAAGCUUCCUGCUUGA